GUUUUCAUUUCCCGGAAGGCUCUAAUGUGAAAAUAGACUUUUUAUUUCUUUGAAAGUAAUAUGAAGUCUUUACUUAAAAUGGAGUUCAGGGAGGUUUAACCUGAAGAUUAUUUCAGUCAUUGGACGAGUUGUAAAUCCGAGUAAAAGGAAAUUAACUUCAUUUUAUGGUACAAUCGAAAAAAGGACUUUUCCAUGGAGAACAUUUCCCUGUCACCUUUGGUCAAGCAAGAAAACGGAGCAAACAGUCCUUCAAUGCUUACAAGGCAAGUCAACGUUCCCCCUAGUGGGCAUCCCUCAGCCCCUAACCAGCUUCCUCUGGCCAGUCCUCCCACUCAGGAAGAUCUGUGGCAUCUACCUGGACGGCUGCGAAUAAACCCAUCACUGUGGGAUAAGGAUGAUGUUGCCCACUGGCUCCACUGGGCUCAGAAGGAGUACUCACUGCGCCGGCCUGAGAAGGGGUGCUUUGAGAUGAAUGGCCGAGCCCUGUGCCUGCUCACAAAGGAAGAUUUCAGACACCGCUGCCCCAGCUCAGGUGAUGUCCUGUAUGAGAUCCUACAGUGUGUAAAACAGCAGAGGAGGAGUGUGGUCUGCAACCCCCCAAAUUCGUCUCCCUCCUUGGCAACCAGACACAUCCAGACCACAGUCGGCCACCAGGUCCCUGCCCAUAAUAUCCAAGAGCCACAAUCUCCCACAGUCCAGGACACUUCAGUUUCCCUUGCUUUCACCACUGCAGUGUCGGCAGCUGUUGUAACGACUGCGAGCAGCCAGACAGAGCCCAUGUCACUACUCAGAGAUCGCCCUUUGAUCAUAUACACUUAUCCUGCUCCUCUCACACAUAGUACUGUAGCUGUCUCUACAUCUCCCCCGAAAAAAGUCCUGUGUCCUCCCCAAACAGGGGUCAUCAUUCAGGAGCCUCUCAACCUGUCUAGCCGGGAGAAGCCUAGGAGCCCAAUGCACAAAGCUAAUGGCCGCAUCCCAGAGUGCCGACUGCUAUGGGACUACGUGUAUCAGCUGUUGUGUGAUGACCGUUACCAAGAAUACAUCCGAUGGGAGGACCAGGACAGUCUGGUGUUCAGGGUGGUUGAUCCCAACGGGCUGGCACGUCUCUGGGGAAACCACAAGAACCGUGACAAUAUGACAUAUGAGAAAAUGUCCCGUGCUUUGCGGCACUACUACAAGCUCAACAUCAUCAAAAAGGAGCGAGGACAGAAACUUCUCUUCAGGUUCCUUAAAACCCCACAGGACAUCAAGAAACAGCAGGCUGACCCUCCAGAGUCCCCAGAACACACUCCUCCUCAGGACAGGGACUUUACAGACAGCAGUCCUGCACAUGAGUUCAUCGAUGACCAUUUUGAGGUUUCCCCUGAUCGUGUUUCUCCACAGCCUCCUCCAACUGGUACUCCAGUCAGAUAGAACAGCAGGAUUAGAUGUCCAAAUAUGGUACAAAAACAAUUAUUACAGGAUAAAAAAGGAGAUCCUGUAUAUCUGUCAUGUGGUUUCAGCUUCAGAAAAUGUACAAAAUGCACAGCUAGGUGUAAUGUCUUUGGCUUUUUGCACUGUGAAAUAGCUUUUUAUUUUGCUGUAAAUCAAUGUAUGUAUUGCUGUGAUCAGAAUGAACACUAAUAUUAAAUGAGAUGCAGCAGAAUGGAGUGAUUGUUUAGCCUGGGUAUACCCAUGCUCUCAUUCGAGCAAGAUUCUACUUCGCUGAGACGCAGUCUGGUGUUAGCCAGGCUUGUGAUUGUUAGUCUUCACAAAAAAAAGUAAGGACACAUUUUUGUGGAAGGUUGAAUCCCAGUUUGUAUAGACAGUUAUUUCACAAAUACUUUCCUAUAUUAGCUCCAAGACGAACUAUUUGUUGCAAAGUGCAAAUUAACCAGUUGGACAUUGUCUAUAGGCUAGUUGUAAUCACACUUUAUCCUGCCAUGUCUGUUGACUAAUCUUAAAUAGUCUGGAGGCUAAUUAUAAGUGUUUUUCAUGUUUUGUAAAAUAAAUAUUUUGUAUGGUA